ACAUAUUUCUAGUAAGCUUGUUUGCGCCAAAUUUAGAGCAAUUCACGACAUGAUUCAUGCUAAGAAAAAAUAUUAAGCUUCGAAAUAAAGCGGAACCUUUGAUCCACGGAACCAUUUUACUGUCGAACCCAUUUCCGUCGUAACGUCGAAAGUCGCCCGACAGAGAAGUAAUAGACAUGUGACCAUAAAAUCUGAAGUUUAAUAACUUCUUCUCUCUACAUUAAACGUUAAAUAUACAUACGUUUAAGUUUAAGCGUAAUUUCUAAUCCGUGUUAGCGUAAAUAAACUUGUCGGAAAUUGGCGUUAAAAUGGUUUCCAGGAUAUUUUCUGUGUUUUUACUCUCAGUGGCGGCCGCGGGGGAGAUGGUGAACAUCCCCGGGGGAAAGAUGUUAAUGGGGACCAGUGCGUCUGAUGGGAGGGAUGGAGAGUCCCCCACCAGGGAGGUUCAGCUGCAGCCUUUCAAGAUGGACACAUACCCUGUCACCAAUGCCGACUUCAGAGACUUUGUGAGAGCGCAGAAGUACAAAACUGAAGCAGAGACGUUCGGCUGGAGUUUUGUGUUUCAAGACUUUGUGUCAGAUGAGCUGAAGAGCAAAGUCACCCAGAGAAUUGAGUCCGCUCCUUGGUGGCUACCUAUAGAGCGUGUGUUUUGGAGGCAGCCUGCAGGACCUGGAUCAGGAAUCCGUGAGCGUCUAGACUUCCCCGUGGUUCAGGUGAGCUGGAACGAUGCUCUGGCUUUCUGUCGGUGGAAGGGCAAGAGACUGCCCACGGAGGAAGAGUGGGAGUGGGCUGCUCGCGGGGGGCUGCAAGGUCGGACCUAUCCAUGGGGAAACAAGUUCCAGUCCAACAGAACAAACCUGUGGCAGGGAUUGUUUCCCGAUGGAGACACUGCAGAGGAUGGAUACCAUGGCGUCUCUCCUGUCACAGCAUUUCCUCCCCAGAACAGCUUUGGACUAUAUGACAUGAUGGGAAACACAUGGGAAUGGACGUCAACACCCUUUCCGGCAGCACAGCCGUCGUUUGUGCUGCGUGGUGCCUCCUGGAUCGACACGGUGGAUGGCUCAGCCAAUCACAAGGCUCGAAUCACAACCAGGAUGGGCAACACUCCCGACUCUGCCUCCGAUAACCUGGGAUUCAGGUGUGCUGCCGGCGAUGGACAGAAACAAGCAAAGAAAAAAGACAAAGCAGAACUAUAACAACAAAACAGACUGUCAAAAACCUCAUUUGAAUGGGCAGUGAUUCAUUUGUUAAUGAGUGAACUUUAAGUUGACAAGAAGGAAAUAAAAAGGUAAUGAUUAGAAAUGUGACAAAGGUGACAGGACCAAGUGAGUGCCAAAACAAACUUUAUUUCUCCUAUGGAGACUUUAGUGUUAACUUGUUUGUUUUAUUUUUAAUAAUGAAUAAAGACACACACAGGCAUUCACAAAGUAAAUAAAGAAAAAAAAGUUAAGUAAAAUAAAUAAAACUUUCCUUGUUAUUGUU